GGCGGCCGCUGCGGCGACCAAGUUCACGGCUAGACGCCGAGCCGCUUCCCCGGCUGGGGACACGGGGCAGGUAAUCGAGCGCGAACAGCAUCGCCGUCUCUACGGGAGUUUGCCGAGGGUGAAGACUUCGCGACACCGCGAGUGCACGCGCCAAAGUUCUGGCCGACAGCCUAAAGGUGGGAUGUACCUCCCAGACUAUGUUCUGGGAACGCCGGCCCCCAAGUACUUCAACCCUCCUCCUACCCACGGAGUGAGGAGUCCAGAGUUGAAGGAGGCAAUAGCGAAUUUACGUCGGAUAUCUUCGUGCGUCCAGUCACCUAUAAGAUCCGCAUAUAAAGAAUCUCCCUCACCAGUACCUCCUCUUCAGCAGUCUGCUCGAAUUCCGAACAAAGCUCCAUCAUUGCAGGAGUUUUCUCCAGAGAACCAUUUGAAAGAGGUUUUAAGGAGUCUUCGCCCAGUAUCUCGAGAAAUCAGACGGCCUUUUGCGAUGUGUGGUAGCCACCAGCUCGGCCAUAAAUACUAUACUUGGAUUGCCGAAAAGUGCCCAGAAUCUCCGUGAGUGCAAUCCAGAAAGAAAAUUUGUUUAGCAGUAAUCUGAAAAACUAAACAUCACGAAUCUAUAAUAAGAUGCGAACCACCUUCUAUACGUGUCUGUUCUCGCCCAUCUCCUCUUGAAUUUAAAAUAAAAAAUUUUUGGUUGUAUUGACUCAAUUUUAAUUAAUUAAAACUUGUAAUUUUAAUAAGAAUUUUUGCAUUAAAUAACAAACGAUAUUUUGACAGUAAUCGUGUCUAAAAAUAAAUUUUAAAUAAAUUCGACGUGAAAGUGUGAUCUAGAUUAAAAUUUUAUAAUUAGAUAUUGUUGAAACUGACAUAGAGAUUUAAAAAUGCUUUCAUGUAUAAAUAAGAUUUUUCCAUAAUAAUGUAAUAAGCUAUUCAGUUUGGCUAAUAAAAAUAUAAGAACAUCAGAUAUUU